AUGUUGCCUACGCGCAGGACCAAUUCGCAAAAGCCGAAUGAUGAGCUGAUCGCGAGCUUCAAAGCCUCCUUUCCACAGCUUGGCCCCGUGUCUCGUGGGUCGGCGCCGUCGCAAAACACCACGUCUGCUCUCGACUUAGCGCUCCAGUAUGUUGAUCACCCGCAGUCGCGACUCAGUCGCUCAGAUGCGGUAGUCGCAUCGCACAUCACCGCCUGCCCCCCCCCCCAACCACCACGCGCCCUUGCUGACCACAACGCGUGCUGCAGUCAUUUUGGCGACUCCGAGGACGUGAAGGAUCAGGAUCCCACCCCUCGCGGUGCUGAGCAAUGGCGCUUCACGCCCUCGCUCAUGGAUCCGAACAGCUUCGCCUUUGCCUCCUUUGCCAACCAGCCACCGGGUUACUACACGCCCACGCCUGGCGGCACCAACACCAUCUACCACAGCCAGGCUGGCGAUCUGCACACGCCCGGCUUCACCAUGGGCCUGGGCACGCCGUUGUCCAUGCCCACGUCUGAGGGCGCUCUCCAGGCCGCCCAGUCGACUGGCCCCGCCAUGCACGGCUUCCAACCUCAUCCCAUUGCGCCUCUUCCCUUCCAGAAUACGAACCCGUUUGCCAUGCCUCAGAUGUCGCAGGCUCAGUCGUUUGCGCCCCACCAAUUCUCCCAUCAGCCUGUUGCGUUCGAUCCCAUGUCCCAGGCUGAAGAGCCGCCAACCGACGGCAUGCCAAUCGACAUCGACAUGCAAGAGCGGUCUCCCAUGUUCGCCUUUGAUCAAGGAUUCGGCGAGCACCAACGAUCCAGUCUUCUUCAGCAAAACAUCGAAAACUUCCGCUGGCAUGUAACGCUCAACGCACCUACUGCUAUGAUCAAGCAUGCGGACGAGGUUCCCGUCACAUAUCUCAACAAAGGCCAGGCCUAUUCCGUCUCAAUCGUCGACACUGCCCCGGCCUCUCCUCAGAAUGCCGGCGUCCCUGUCAAAUACAGGACGUACAUUCGCAUCUCCUUCGAAGACGAGCAGCAACGCCAGCGACCAUCAGCCUGCUGGCAGCUCUGGAAGGAGGGGCGUGGCACGAACGAAGCCCACCAGCGCGGCGGUCGCCUACAAGCGGUCGAAUUCGUUGAUCCGACUCAGGUUGGAGGAGGCGACGGUUCGACGCGUCCUCGAGUGGAGCUGGAGUCUGCGUCGUUCGACGGGUUCUCGGUGACCUGGACGCCGGCUACGAGCGCCAACGGCGUUGUUGAGUGCUCGGUCGCCGUUCGCUUCAACUUCCUCUCCACGGACUUCAGCCAUUCCAAGGGUGUGAAGGGCAUUCCGGUGCGGCUUUGCGCGAAAACUGAGGUGGUCGGUGCUCAGGCACCAGGCCUGGCGGAAACACCCCAGCUGGAGAUCUGCUACUGCAAGGUCAAACUUUUCCGCGAUCAUGGAGCUGAGCGCAAGCUUUCCAACGACGUCACUCACGUCAAGAAGACCAUCGACAAGCUGAAGCAGCAGAUCGCGCAAGCAGAAUCCGGCAUGAAGGAUUUUGGCAAGAGAAAAAGGGGAUCAAUUGCGAAAGCGAGUGCGAGUGUCAACGACCGGCCUGGCAAAGUCCCCAAACACAAGCGGACUUGGUCCAUGUCGUCUGCAAGCUCCACCGGCAACAGGCCUUCGGCAGAGGAGGAUCUACACCUCAAGCUUGCAACGCUCCAAGACAUGUUCACCUCUACCAGGCCUACAAGCAUCUUGUACUUGAAGGGUGAGGAGCUUGACGAUCCCGAUCUUCACCCGGUGCAUCUUACUGGAGAACCCCAAGACCUCACCAAGGUCGAGACUGGAGACUCGACGAUGUGGGACGGCCAGAGCAGAAAUUCCUCCAUUGUCUCGCCCACACCGAGCUCGCAGUCUGUCAACUCGGGCGAACGUCGCAGCUCAACGUUCCAGUCUUUCCCUCCGCCGUCGCGUGUAUCCUCGAACGAAUGGCGCAACAUGCCGCAAACAGCGACCGGUGAUAUCAAUUCGUUGGCUGUCCAACCAACUGUGUCCAAUAACCCUGUCAAAGUUCAAAAGGCGUCAGCAGACAAGUCGAUUGGGGGCUGGAUUGAUGCCCUUGGCGUUGAUCUUUCGUACCAGCCACCGCCGGAGCGAGCCAUCAAACCCAUUGCGUGCUUCUAUGUGCAACCAAGAUUUGUCGGGAGGCCACCCGAAGACAACUACUACCGGGCCGUGUACCUCAUGCAGCGCACGCUCAAGGACCUGGUCAACGGCAUCGCAAUGAAGUGCAAGCUCGAGCCGACCCGGGUUGUCCGCACCAUUCGGAUCAAUUCAAAGGGCCUCGCGAUCGCACUGGACGACAGCGACGUGCAGGAGAUGGCCGAGGGCCAAGACAUGACGGCCGAGUUUCAAGAGGUCCACGCUGACUCGCCUAUGAAACGCGAAUGGGACUCGGGAGCGACCGACUUGCAAGUCGACGGUGAGGUCGGCGCAAUCGAGACGACGACGACGUCUGGCUACGAGCUUCGCCUUCUCUUCUGA